CGAGAACUGUUCAAUAGACCUGCAAAUGGCUCAUCCGGUCCUCGACAUGAGGUUGGAUGAGUCGAUGCCAAGAGAGCUUAUCUUGAGGCGACACGCCGACUUUCUUUCCGCUUAUGAGAAAAAUGACGACUGCACUUUGGACUACUUGAAAUUAUCCGGCGUCUUCUGGACACUGACGGCGCUGGAUUUACUAGGUGAACUUCACAACAUUGACCGUGAAGCGGUGCUGAAUUUAGUUGUAUCUUGUCAACAGGCAGACGGUGGUCUAUCACCCGCACCUCGACACGACUCCCACUUAUUAUCCACUCUCAGUGGCAUCCAGAUAUUAGCCUUAUUUGGUCGUAUGGACAUGCUAAACGUUGACGGCGCCACGCGUUUCAUUCUCAGCCUUCAGCAACCGGACGGUAGCUUCUGUGGUGACCAAUGGGGCGAAAUCGACACCCGCUUCUCAUUUUGCGCUAUCGCUUCCCUACAUCUGAUGGGUCGUUUGGACGAAUGCGCUGACUCCGGUCGCCUUAAUGUGGAAGCCUGUGCUUCUUACCUGGAGCGUUGUCAGAAUCUCGAUGGGGGGUUCGGUACAAAGCCCGGUAGCGAAUCUCAUGCCGGACAGGCAUACUGUGUCCUAGGGGCUCUAGCUAUUCUUCGUGAACUACGAAGGCUAGAUUUGGAUCGUGCAGCCUGGUGGUUGGCCGAACGGCAAUUGCCCAGUGGUGGAUUGAAUGGCCGACCGGAGAAAAAGCCGGAUGUUUGCUACUCAUGGUGGACGUUAGCUAGUCUUACGAUCCUCGGACGGCUUGCGUGGAUCGAUGAGAAAAAGUUGACACAUUUCAUACUGGCUUCGCAAGAUUCGGAAACUGGGGGAAUCGCGGAUAGGCCUGGUGAUAUUGCCGAUCCUUUCCAUACUUUGUUUGGUCUUGCGGGUCUUUCUUUGAUUGCACACUAUGAUAAUCCUUCCUCGCACACUUGUCCCAACGGUUGUGGCAAGAAUGGUGACCUGACGACAAUUGAUGAAAUUAAUGUUGAGGAGUUUGUGGCAGAUGCAAUAUCUCUGGCCAAAACACGUUUGAAGCCUAUCAAUCCGAUAUUUUGCAUGCCCCAAUAUGUAAUCGAACGAAUGGGCCUGCGGCUUCAAAUGAUAAACUAAUCUCUCCAUAAUGUUUGCUUGUUUCAUGCGUCCCUUGUCCAGUUUAUUUCACAAUUCUUUGUCUUUCCUCAAUAAACUUGCU